AUGGGCCUGCCUCGCGCCGCCCCAGGACGACACCCGCCGGGCGAGGCCGCCGGCGCAGUUGGCGAGGCCGGACCGGCGGACGCGAUGCAGCAGCGCGUGCGAGUCCUGCCGCGCUGGGACCGGGUCCUGCGCACCGUCGGAGGGAGCACCUGGAAGCUCUCUGAGCGCCUCGGCCCCGACCUCGGGCCGCGCCACCAGGAGCGCGUCUUGCGGCGCUGGUCGGCCCGCACGCUCCUCAUCCACGUGGCGAACAUCGAAAAGUUCCUCGACUGGGCCUCAGAGGAGCGCCCCGGGGUCGACCACGGCAGCUUCCAGGACCACGAGGCAACGGUCGAGCUCCUCGUAAGGUAUGUCAUGGACUUGCUGGACGGGGGGACCGCCCCCACCAUGCCCGCAGCACGGCUGCAGUCAUUGCGAUUCCUCAAUCGCGCCGCCGGGCUAGCGCCGCCGCUCCCGGCUGGCGAAGUCUGCGUCCAGCACCUCGCGCUGGCCCACGCACGCGAGGCGCCAGCGUCCGCCAGGCUGCCCGCCAUCUACACAGCAGACCAAGUCCGCAGGCUCGAGCGGGCAGCCACGACCUUGCGGAACCCGCUCUACAGGGUGGUUGUCCGCACAGAACUUCGGAAACUGUUCGCCGCACUGCGGAACGACGAUGCGGUGUGGGACAAGUUCGGGGAAUGGACACAGGAAGGCACCACGGACGCGGGCUGCCUCUACGGCACGGCAUACAAGACCAAAGCCACGGAAGCCACGGCGACGCGCCUGCGAGGAGGCAUGCCGUGGAUCGCCCCCCUGCGAGGCAUCUCCCAGCCGCCCUCAGGCUGGGCCCACGGCUAUGCAUCAGACCACAGAGCACUUGGCCUUGCAGAGGACGCGGAGUUCGCGGUCCCCUCACCGCAACGCCUCUCCGCGGCAGCGACGCCCGGCGCGGCCGAACCCGACGAGUGGGAAGCAGCCAUGCGACGCGCCCUCAGAGCGGCAGGCCUCUCACCACGAGAGGCCAAGGGCAUCGGACUGCACUCUGCGAAGCGUACCAUCCUCACGUGGGCUGGCAGCAGUGGCAUCUUCACCGACCGCGAACACGAGGUGCUGGGGCAUCACCGCUCCGCUGGGGUCGGCAGAGUCGUGUGCGCUUACAACGUCACGGUGUUGGCGGCGCCAGUCUCCAAGCUGCGGAAAUUGCUCGAACACAUCGUGCGAGGCAACUUCAACCCAGACGCGCCAGCCGGAAUGCAGUGGCGUGAUGGCGCCCAACCUGGCAGCCAGCCCGCGGCACCAGCGCCCGCUGCCGCGCCGUCGCACGCCGAACCCUGCCCACCAGCCAACGCACCCGUGGCCGCGUCAGCCGACGGGCAGGCCGGCACCGGCACCGCGCCGGCGCCGCAGCCCACACCCGCCCGCAGCCAGGCGGCCGCACAGGUUCCCGCAAGCGCAGCAGCCCCCGCGCAGGUGCACGCCCUCCCAGACCACGGCCCGCCAGCCAACGAAGCUGCCCACAGCUCCCAGCAACCAGAGGCGGCUGGCGCCUUGGCGAUGGGCGCCGCCGCGCCACCGCCCGCAGACGCCACUGCGGCGCCAGGCGCGGCCGCGAACAACCUAGGCGGGUGGCAGCAUCCCGUGAGCAAGCUCGGGUACCUCGUAGCCGAUUCCACCGGGCUGUGCAAGUCCGUUUCGUACUACCACGCAGCCAUCCCCGCAGUGCCGCCCUGCCCGCCCGCAGAGCGGCAGCGCUCGCGCCGGCGCAUGGAACGCCUCAUCGUCGAGACGCCGAACGGGCCCGUACCGAACCUGUGCGAUUUCGCGGUGAACCAGGCGAAGUGGUCCCUGCAGCCGCCGGGCCCCGCGUACGUCAUCUGCAAGCCGAAGGUGAGGGCCCGGGCGAGGGCUAGUGGGCCGACCGUACAAGCGUGGGAGCUGGUCGGCGAUGAAUUACAAAAGCUCAGGUGA